UCGAUUAUGUGAAUCUUCUCAGUUCUGUCCAGUCGCUUGCAAACGUCUGUCAUUCGCACACGUGUUCAUGUUAAUUAUAUAAAAUGUUAUCAUUAAAGUGUUUCAUUGUUCUAUUUGUUUUGCAGUACAUAUGUCAAACUACUUAUUGUCAGCCAAAUCUGAAGUUCUUCCGAAAGGACUACAAGUAUAUAGAAGAUACGAAAGCUUUCUAUAAAAUUCAUACGUUACAUAGAACGUGGCAGGAAGCUAAGGAGAGAUGUUCCAUGGAAGGUGCGACGCUUUUUUACCCCGAUGAUGAUGACGAGGCGAAUGUCGUUAUCAAUUAUUGGAAUGAAACUCAACCUUUCAGCUGGGUGUACAUUGGCAUAUCAACGCCUAAUGUCAAACAAGUUUUCGAAACUGUUGAUGGUGUACCAAUAACUGACGUGUAUGACAGGUGGGGCCCCGGAGAACCCAAUGACGCGGGGGGCGUCGAAGGUUGCGUGAUCUUACGUAGAGACGGUACACUCAAUGACGACCAAUGCGAUAAAAAGUAUCCGUUCAUUUGCAAGAAAUCGUUGAGCACUCUUGAAUGGAACGUUUACUGUGAUAUUCCUGAUCAAGGUUACGAAUACGUUAAGAAACUCGGUAGAUGCUAUAAAUUCCAUUUGACACCGAUGAAUUGGACGGAUGCCUUCACAGUCUGUAACACGGAACAGUCAUAUUUAGCCGUUAUCAACUCUCAAGACGAAGCGGACCAUCUAGUCGCCAUGACGAAAAAAGCCCCAAAAGACAACGUAGAAGGGAAUUAUGUAAGAGGCGCAGUACAUCUAGGAUUUCAAUUUAAAAGGAACAGAUGGCAAACUAUUAUCAAAAAUAUGCCUUUACCGGACAGCGGCUAUACUAACUGGGGAGGCGGCCAGCCAGAUGGGAAAGGAGAGGAAAAGUGUGGCUCGAUGUUUUAUAAUGGACACCUCAAUGACAUCUGUUGCGAUCAAAGUUUAUUCUUUAUCUGCGAACACGAGAUAGACUUACUACGUAACAGCUACGUCCUAAGGAAGUAAGAACGGCAGUUCUUAGAAGAAGUUGCAACCGUUCUACCAAUGACUUCCCAAAUGAGUGAAGAGACGCUUUUAUGCUUUCAAGCGUAGUGAUGAACAUUAAGUGAUAAUUCAGUUUUAAAAGACGAUAUCUCUGUCGGAAGUGGAGGAAAAAAAAACUUGGAAUAAAUGCGAUCUGCAAAAGUACUUACAAUCUUUUUUGCCCGAAUAUAAGCAUCAAGAAAUCUAUGAGAUAGGCUGGAAUGAUGUGGUAGAAGAAAACGCACAAUUCGUGGAUUAAUUU